GUCAUAAUAUCUCCUCCUUUCUAUAAUCGCCUCCUCCUGAUCCAGGAUUUGGUCUCUCCAUUGCCUCCGGUCCCCACACACACACGCACUUUCUCUCACCCUUUCUCCUCUCUCGAAAGUGAAAAAUGGACUCAUGAUCAUCAAUCUGGUCAUCACUCUCAUGGUACCUCGUCCCUCUACUACUCCUCCUCCUCCUGGUCCUCCUCGAACAGAUUUUCUACUUAAAGAAGAAGGGCACACUCCCGGGCCCCUCACUAGUAUUCCCCUUCCUGGGCAACGUCGUACCGCUCGUCCGGAACCCCACCCGCUUCUGGGAAACCCAGUCGGACUUGGCCCAGACCUCCCCCCUCGGCGUCUCCGCCAACUACAUCAUCGGCAAGUUCGUCGUCUUCAUACGCUCCACUGACCUCUCCCAUAAGGUCUUCGCCAACGUCCGGUCCGAUGCCUUCCACCUCAUGAUCCACCCCUUGGGCUGGAAGUUCUUCGGCGACCACAACGUCAUUUACAAGUUCGGCCAGGACCACAAGGACCUCCGCCGACUUCUCGCUCCCAACUUCACCCCAAGGGCCCUCUCCGUCUACGUUUCCAUCCAGCAGAGGAUCGUCGCCGAGCACCUGGAGCGCUGGCUGCGGCUGUCGAACGGGACGCCGAUCUGUCUCCGGCGGUUGUGUCGCGACAUGAACCUGGACGCGUCGCAGAACGUGUUCUUCGGGCCGUAUUUGUCGGGGGAGUCGAAGGAGAGGUUCAACUUCGACUAUAAAUUGUUUAAUGUGGGGUUGAUAAAGCUCCCGAUUGAGCUGCCGGGGUUCGCAUUUCGGAAGGCGAGGUUGGCAGCGAAGAGGCUCGCUGAGACACUAGGUGUUUGUGCCGAGGAGAGCAAGAAGAAGAUGAAGAAUGGCGGUGAGCCUACUUGCUUGAUCGAUUUCUGGAUGCAGGGCAUUGUAAGAGAAACCGAAGUGGCGGUUGAAUCUGAAAUUCCGCCACCACAGCGCACAAGUACCGCUGAGAUUGGCAGCCACCUGUUCGAUUUGCUAUUUGCCUCACAGGACGCUUUCACAUCAUCGCUACUAUGGGCGGUGGUGCUCCUCGAUUCCCACCAGGAGAUCCUUGCGAAGGUCCGCCGUGAAGUUGCCUCGAUUUGGUCGCCUGAAUCGAGCCCCUCGAUCACGGUGGAUCAGUUGCGGGAGAUGAAGUACACCGAGGCAGUGGCAUGUGAAGUGUUAAGAAUACGUGCGCCAGCCACUUUAGUAUCUCAUGUGGCUGCCAAGGAUUUUCCGUUAACGGAUACAUACACCAUUCCAAAAGGAGCGAUUGUUUAUCCAUCGGUUUAUGAGUCUUCAUUUCAAGGUUUUGUUGAACCAUACCUGUUCGACCCAGACCGGUUCAUGGACGAAAGGCAGGAGAACCGAGUGUAUAAAAAGAACUAUCUAGUAUUCGGAGCGGGGCCACACCAAUGUGUGGGCCAGAGGUAUGCUAUCAACAAUCUAGUGUUGUUCAUCGCCAUGUUCACAUCGUUGAUGGAUUUCAAGCGGCACAGAACGGAUGGCUGUGAUGAGAUCAUUUAUGUCCCCACCAUUUGUCCCAAGGACCAUUGCAAAGUCUCUCUCAUCCAGCGGUGUGCGUAGUAUUCCGCCCAUUCAUGAUUUAGCCCAAAUAUGGUAUACCUUUUCAACGGCUCCGACUAUUUGAGUGAAACUCCGAGAUGGAUCCACACAAUCGGGUGUAACCAAAUGGUGUACCUAACUUAAAUAGAGGUCCUAUCCUACAUUGAUACUUAAGUCC